AAAUAUCUAUUAGACUCAGCAAUAAGAAACUCUAAAAAUAAAUCAGGACACACAAAUAAAUUUGAUGACGGAAUGAAACGAUUCUGGCUUUAUAUAUUCAUUAGCGCAGGAAGGAUGAGUUAUGAAAUAUUGCACUCAAAUUUAAAAAAUAUACUGCCUUCUGUCACAACUAUUCACAGACAACUAGAAGAAAUGAAUAAUAUAUUAGAGGGUGAAGUGAGAAUUGAAGACUUAAAACUUUAUUUACAAAAGAGAAAUUAUCCACCCAUAAUUUUUAUAUCCGAAGAUCAAACUGCACUCAUCAAAAAAGUCCAAUAUGAUUCAGCUUCAAAUCAAAUGGUUGGCUUUGUAGCACCUUUACAGGAACAGACGAGAUUUCCUCGCAUUAACAAAUUCCCAGUUGAUUCAGUUAGCGACAUUGAAAAUGCUUUUAAGAAUAAAACAUUAGCAAUAAAUGCAUAUAUUUUUAUGGCUCAGCCAUUAGUAGAUGGAUCACCCGCAUUUUGUAUAUCAAUAUUUGGCAGUGAUAAUAGAUUUACCUCAGAAGAUGUUUAUAAACGAUGGCAAUAUCUCAUAAAGGAAGCAGGAAAACAUGGAAUUACAAUUUUGGGCUUUUCAAGCGAUGGUGACACUCGGUGCUUAAAAAGUAUGAAAAUUAUAUCGAAAUUGUCAUUUACUUCAUUGAACCCUUACUCUCCCUAUUUUCAGGCGAAUUACAAUUUAGAAAAUCCAGCAGUUUUUCAAGACACUAUACAUAUAUCAACGAAGCUUAAGACUCGUUUAUUAAAUGAAAAUAUUUCUAUGAAUAUGGGAGGAAAACGAGUAUCUAUUGACAAUAUCCGGUACAUAAUUGAAAACUAUCCUAGAGAUAAACACUUAUUAUGCAAGAGCUUCCUUGAAUCUUCCGACAAAAUGAACUUCAAUGCAAUAGACAAGUUAAGUUCUGAACAUGUCACAAAUAUGCUUAAGGAAGUUCCCAACGCCGAAGCUACAAGGCAAUAUUUAAUACUGACUCGCAACAUAUUGGAUGCAUUCUUGUUAAAAGAAAUUAGUGUUGAAAGACGAGUAUACCUAAUUUGGUAUUCAACUUUUUUCAUGCGUAUUUGGAAAGCCUGGCUAAAAAAAAAUGGUGAAAAUAUCCAAAAGAAUUUUAUCACCACAAAUGCCUAUACAUGCAUAGAAAUAAACGCUCAUGGAAUUAUUUUAGUCAUUGAAAAACUUCGGCAAAAUGGAAUUUCAGAAGCUUUUCUUCCAUGGCUGUAUAGCAGUCAGCCAUGUGAAAAAGUAUUUAGAGAAACUCGGUCCAUGAGUAGCACAUUUUCAACUAUGAUAAAUUAUACACUGCUGGAUGUUUUAAGAAGAUUAAAACGUAUACAAGCUAUGCAUGAGAUAAGCACAGACUUAGGUCCCAAUUUUAGAUUCCCCAGGCAAGAAAACAAACGACUUGGAAAUAAUUCAAGUGUCUUUAAAGUAACUGAGUUUCCAUCAACUGAUGAAAUGAUUAACAUAAUUAAAAAGGCCCAAGAAGACGCACUAUCUGACGCUAAAAAAAUUGGGAUGGAAAUGAACAGGGAUUGUUGUAUAGAAAUUAAUUUACCGACUUGUGACAAUCCGGAAGAGCAAGAAGAGGUGCAGGGAAGUAUAAUUAUCACUGAUACCAUUUCAAAGGAACAUGAGCCAGACCUCGAGCCAGACUUUUCUAAUGAAGACCGGGAGUUUCUUGAAUAUACCUCUACAUUUAAUAAUUAUGACUCUUUAUAUUUGAGAGACUAUACGGGUCAAAAGAAAGCACAAAAAUCGUGUCUGUCAGUGACACUUAAAGACAAAAAAACACGAAUUAUAAAAAAAUCUACUCUAAUUUGGUUUUUUCAGGAAAAACAGGGUCGUUUAUCAACCGACAGACUGCUCCGGGUAAAGGGAAUGACAGUUAAAAAUACGCAUAAGGGGUUAUCAAAAAAAAAACAGUUCAGGAAAAAGCCAGGCCAAGGACUUCAACCAGCAGGCAAUAUCAAAAAAAGAAAAAUGUUUCGUCAACCUCAUGAACGAGCUCAUAAAGAUAGUACAUCUGAAUCUCGAUCUGAAUCAGAUGAGAUUAGCUUAGAAAGUGAAACUUUGAGUGAAGAUUUCUCUGACUUAGAAGAUUGCCAUAACGAAAGUACAAAAAUGCCAGUAAUUCAGCUAGAAUCUGAUUAUGCUGUGUUUUAUGAUACACAAUGGUAUCUAGGGCGUGUCAUCAACAGCUACAGCUCAGAAAAGUUUAAAGUGAAAUUUUUACAACAAGACCUGGAUACUUUUAAGUGGCCCAAAAAAGAUGAUAUCCAAGAUGUUCACAAAGAGUUUAUAUUUUAUGGACCAGUUAGUCUAAGCGGAACUGAACCAUUUUCUUUAAAAAGAAAUGAUUUGAUUGCUAUUAAACAGAAAUACAAAACAAUCAAAUCCAUCAAAUCAUUAAAAAAUUAAACAUAUUUUUUUAUGUUAUUUAUUAUGUUAAUAAAGCUACUUUGCUUAAU